AUGUAUAAAAUUUGUGAUGAUAGUGUAAAGCCAAGACAAUUUCUCAGUACAGAUACUGAAGAUGGAAUAGAAGCUAUAUUUAGUAAACAGCAAGGAUAUUCAUUACACGAAUUUAUUGAUGGUGAUGACCCACUUCAGCUCUUUAUAGAUUUUAAUUUAUCUAAAGAAAAAUUUGAUAAAAUUAAACCCAAGCUUAAGCUUACAGCUAAAGAAAUUUGGGAUUUACUUUAUCAUGCCUUUAAAGAAUUGUGCCUAAAAAUAUAUCCAGAUUGGAAUUGCAAAACAUUAACUAUUGCCAUUGCAGUAUUUACUAAGCUUGUUCACAAAAAGCUUCCAAUAGAUUUACAAGAAAAAGAUAUUGUUGAUAAUAUUGCAAAUAAAUGUUCAUUCUCUUUGCAAAUACUCAGAACUCCAAAAUUUAUUAAAGAUACUAAUGAAUAUUCCCAUCUUGAAUAUUUUAAAAGAAAAAACAUCAAUCAAAGAAAGGAAAGCAUCAGAAAAAAUAAAAUCGAUGCUAGGAGAAUCGGAUCUGAAGUAGAAUAUAUAGAAAAAUUACUUGAGGAGUAUAAAAUCAAAGGUUUUGAAGUUUUAUAUUCUUCACUGACACUCCCAAAUGUAUUCACCCUAAAUUCAGAUCAAGAUAUGGCAACAGGUAUAAAGAAACUAUCAUUAAAACUUACUUUAAAAAUAUCAAUCUUGGAACAAAAAAACAGUCUUCUACCUCCAGAAAAAAUAAAAAAACCAGAUGAUAAAUUAUAUUUUGGUAUGGCACCUACUUUAGAUUUCAGUAAAAUAACUAUUAAUAUAGUAGAACUUGGAGAAGAACCAAUAAAAUUGUUCUCUUUAAUAGAUCAUAUAUAUGACAGCAAGGUGAUUAUUUAUGAUAAUAUCGAUUUCUUACCAUAUUCAUCUAAUAUCGAACAACCAAAAAAUGAAUUCUUUAAUCUUUUCUUAGAAUUCAAGGCUAAACCAGUAACUUCAAUUAAUUACGAUCUUGUGAACCCGAUUAUAUAG